GAGAAAUUAGGGUUUUUAAGUUGAGACCACUCAUUGCCUUCACUUCACAAAUAUCACGUUUUCCCUUUUUUCCAUUCUCCCUCACUGUUUUUGCGCCUCCACAAAAGUAGCCCACUGUUUUGGCGCCUCCACGAGCAGCACCAGUCACCUAUGAGCAGUACAAGCCACCCGACGAGCAGCCACAAGUAGCAGCAGCCUGCGUUGCCUCCUCACAACAGCUGGCUGCGUGUUCUCCUCCCAUCAGCAGCCUGGCUGCUUUGUGCCGCCAGCAGUAGCAGCCGCACUCGGUGCUUCCUCCACCAUUCCACACGGUCCUUGGGUCACGGCUACCAUAUCAACCCCUUGUCUUUCACCCCCUUUAGUAGUUUCACCAUUGUGCCCAUUUCAUAAGAGGAAGGUAGAACUUUAAUUGGGUGAUUUUUGUGACAUUUUGGUCGUGCAGUGACGCUUACAGCAGGAAGAUCAUAAACAAGCGUAGCAGGUUUUGGAGCUCCUUUUGCAUUACAUUGCAUUGGGGGAGAGUGAUGAAGGUGAAGCAUAACCCGUGUCAUACCGUUAUCUUUCGAUUUUGUAGCUCUUGUUUAUCUUUUGUAAACUUUGAUUGUAUAUGCUUUGUUAUGAGGCCUUGUGUCCUCCCUUGUAUAUCCUUCUUGUAAACUUUCUAAGAUUUGCCUGGCUCUCUUAAGUCUUAUCCUUCUUCAAGCUCUAACAAUGGCUGCUUUUUUCUCUUCAUCUCAUCUACUUUUACAAUUUUCUUUUUCACCAAGUCUUUCCUUUCAAAAUGGUAGCCUUAAGCUUAGAUCCAAUCAAUUCUUUCCAACAAAUCAUUCUAAAUUUGUUAAUGCUUUCACCGCCAUUGGAUCUUUUGUUGCUCAACUCCGGACUUCAGCAACACUUCGUCAAUUGUGUGAAGGUCAUGUACCUGACCACGUCCUCCAAAGGAUGGAAGAAAUUGGAUUCCACACACCAGCAGAGGUGCAGCAACAAGGUCUUCCAGUACUUUUUUCCGGAUGUGAUUGUGUGCUGCAUGCUCAGACAGGCUCUGGGAAGACCUUGACAUAUCUACUUUUAGUAUAUUCAACAAUCAAUACCCAAAAAGCUUCUGUUCAAGCAUUAAUUGUGGUGCCAACAAGGGAACUUGGUAUGCAAGUUACAAAAGUUGCACGAAUGUUGGCAGCAAAGCCCACAGAUAAUGGAUCAGAGCAGCAGAAAUCAUGCACGGUCAUGGCCCUAUUAGAUGGAGGAAUGUUGAAAAGGCACAGAAUGUGGCUAAAGGCAGAUCCUCCAAUCAUUGUGGUGGCUACUGUGACAAGUUUGUGUCAAAUGCUUGAGAAACAUGCUUUAGAUCUUGGCGCAAUGAGAGUUCUCGUAAUUGAUGAGGUUGACUUCAUGUUUAAUUCCGCCAGACAAGUUAGUUCCCUGCGAAAAUUGCUAACAUCUUAUUCAUCAUGUCAAUCUCGCCAAACUGUAUUUGCCAGUGCAUCGAUUCCUCAGCAUAGGCACUUUCUGCAUGAGUGUGUACAGCAGAAAUGGACCAAAAGCAAUGUUGUCCAUGUCCAUGUUAAUCCAGUUGAACCGAUGCCUGCACGCCUGCAUCAUAGAUUUAUGAUUUGUUCGAGAAACCAGAAAUUUCAAGCUAUUUUAUCCUUGUUACAAUUGGAUAAGCCUGAUUCUGCAAUACUUUUUGUCAAUGAACAGUCAGAGAAGUCAAAAAGGGCAGGGGAUACGCCAACAACUACUCUGCUAAUUGACUUUUUAAAAAGCUCUUGUGAAGGAUUUUCCGAUAUUGCACUUCUAGAGGAAGAUCAGAAUUUCAAUUCGCGAGCAGCUUCUCUCUUGGAGGUUAGAAAGAAAAGGCGGUAUCUUCUUGUGUCAACGGAUCUAGCAGCAAGAGGAGUCGACCUAGCGGAGACGACUCAUAUUUACAACAUUGAUUUGCCAAAAAGUGCCGUUCACUAUCUACAUCGAGCUGGGAGGACAGGUAGGAAGCCGUUCUCAGAAGACAAAUGCUUUGUGACGAGUUUAAUAGUUCGUGAGGAACAAUUUGUCUUAAAACGCUUUCAACAUGAACUGAAGUUUCAAUGUGAAGAGCUUUUCCUCUAAUUUUUUCUUAAUGUAGGAAGUGUUUAUUGUCAUAUCUUGUCUCUGUCUUUUUUUCCUUCUUGAUAACAUGUUUGUCACUACACUUUGAGCUCGAGAGUAUCAAUCGUAAUUAGCUCGACAAAAUAGUAGCUCGAUUAAUAUCAAACUGGUAUGAAAUUCACCUCAUCUAUUAAGCACAACCUGGUGCAAACUUGCAAUAGGUUGAAUGGGGUAAUGAAAACAGUCUCAAACUACCGAACUCGGUGAGCUUGUUUAAUAUAUGGUUAUGGCUCAUAAUGCAAAUUAAGAUGGAGGAUUCAUAUAUGCUUGUUGGUUUACAAUGAUAUGUACGAUCAACUACAAGUCUUGGUGUGAAGACUCUCAUUUUGACAAUUAUAUGAGGACACACAGUAGUUAAUAAUACAAACAUAAUCGUGUUAUGUUUGUUUAUUUACUUUGUUGUUUGAUAAAUAAAUCGUAAGGUAUUGUUAGGAGUUACUUAGACACAUGAGCUAAUUAUAUUAAAACGUCAUGUGUUAGUCAUGUGCUUAUCUUUCUAUGUCCUCUUAUAUAAGGAGGCAUCUAGGCUCAGUUGUAUUUGACUUUUGAUGAUUAAUAAGAUUUCUAAGAGAAAAUGCUUUCGCAUUUUUUUUUCC